UAAAUAGAAUUAAACAACAACAACAACAAACACAACAACAACAACAGUAAUUUCAAUGACAUGCUUUAAUUUAACCUGAUUUUGCGUUUAAUUAAUGAUUUUGAGAAGAAAAGUUAACUUACUACUUGUUUAAGGGUACUGGAGCCUAAUGUUUGAAAACAACAUCCUACAAUUUUUGUUAAAUUGAAAAUGUUUCUGUCAAGGAUCAACAGGUCAAAGCUGUUAAAAUAUCUUGUCACGAUUUCAUCAAUUUCAAAAAGCAAACAUCCACAUUGUGGUAUUGGUAGUGAACAUUUACAAGUCUCAAACAAUUUAAGGUGCAAUAAUUUUUCAUUAUCUUCUUGCGUGUUAGAACAAAACAAUUCAAAAGCAAUGUUCCAAGAAUAUUACACUGCUGUAUUGACAGAGGUGCAUUCAAAUGAGAGACUGAAAGCUGUAACAAAUUUCCAGCAUUUGUCAGACCCCAUUCUUAAAGAGAGAGCGUUAAAGAAGUGGAUAUUUAUAGAAGCUGUAAAUGCCUACUUGGCUAAGAAUGGGGAGAACAGAAGAGGAUAUGUGGAAUUCAUAUAUGAUGCCCUUGAACAGAUGAAGCCACUUGAAGUUCACCGUGAUCUGGAUUGCUACAAGGCCCUUAUAUCGAUUUUCCCAAAAGGCAUGAUGAUUCCUCAGAAUGUCUGGCAGCAUGCGUUCAGCCAUUACCCCAAACAACAGGACUGCAUGGUUGAAAUCCUUGAGCAGUUGGAGCAUUUUGGAGUUAUUCCUGACACCAAAGUCCAGGAUGCCAUUGAAGAAAUCUUCGGAACAAUGAAUAAUCCGAUGCGUAAAUAUCGGCGUAUCUACUACAUGACUCGAAAGUUUCAAAAUCGCAAUCCAUACAAACUCCCAUAUGAUUUGCCAGUGGACCCUAUUCAAUUAGCAGUGCUAGCUCUGCGUAAAAUGGCAGUAGAUUUGGAGAAUGAGCUCAAAGUUUGGAAGGUAUCAAGAGAUGAGAAUUCCAAAGAGAAGCUCUUCAUUGCCUCAGCUCAAAGCCCUCUGCAGCGUGAAAUGAUCCAUACUCACCCAGAGUCCAAACCAAUAUACGUGGAGGGAGGGUACAGGGUCUGGUUGAGAGACAUUCCACAGACAUUCUUUGUUAUGCGCACUGAUACUGACCCUAGCAUUUUUGUGAGACCCACUGAGGAGGAGGAGUUAGAAAAUUUGUUCGAUUUUGACACAAUAUUUGACAGCGAAAAGCCCAAACAGUUGGCCCUCAAGCCUAAUGUUCAUCAGCAGGAGGAGGGGACCAUCCUGGGGAUGUGCAUCACAGAGACCAGUUGUAAGGACUCAUUGAUAUCCUGGAUCAGGUGUCUGCAAGAGGCCAACCCCCGACUGGAAAGUAUUCCCAUAGUGUUCUCUCUGGCAACGCCUAGCAACCAGGCCUUGGUGCUGAGAUCAGAGGGCAUGCAGCCCAGUCAACAGAGCACAAACUCACCAGAUCCCUCAUAGUGUAUUGUUUUUAUCAUUAGUUAAAAUAAAUUUAAAAAAAAUCUAAUAA